UCACUUUAAGUUGACAAUUUGUUGAUUGUUGUUGUCUUUCAAUCCUCUUCAUUGUCUUACAUUUAGUUGAAACUUUUCAUUGUUUUGUUUUGAUUUUUGUGUUUACUUUUCAAUCACUAAUCAAUCAUUAAUUGUUAUGUUUGUAUCACUUUGAUUCUAAUUGUUGCGACAAUAUUUCAAUGGUUUACUUUAAUUUGGUUAACCUUUUGUUCAAUCUUAAUUGCUGGACAUUGGUAUUACCCUCAAUUGGAUUUUAUUAAAUUUAUUCUUGUGUUUUUUAUAUUAACUAAUUUUCAAUCAUCGUCAUUUAAUUUAGUCUUUUUCUUGUCUUAAUUGUAUCUCAUAUUUGCUCUUGUUAAUUGUGAACAAUUAAUUCUGUUACCUAAUGAGCUCAAUCCAGGAAAAUCGGGUUAAUCCAAAAGCGACUGUUGUUAAAAUAAGUGAUGGAAAAAUAAUCGAUCAAAGUAAAUUUGGUAAAAAGCUUUACAAUUAUCCAAUUAAUCAAAUAAUUGAAAGUUCACCUUCAUCAUCAACCUCAUCAUCUACCGCUUGUGUCAUCAGCUCUUUGCCGAUCGCCGUGGCCUCUUCAGCGGGAUACUUUAAUUCGGCCUCAAUGUUGGACUGUAAAGAUGGUUCCUCGUCUAUAGCAUCUUCCGGUCGAUCUUCGGGUCGACCUGAGGUCAAUCAAAUUCUCUCUGGAAAAGGUUUAACAGCGACAACCAUCCAGGUGACCACACCGAGUAGCAACACCACGACCUCAUUUAAAUAUCCAAUUUCAUCAUCUAAUCAUCCUCAUCAUCAACAACAACAACAACAUAGUAAUGGUGGAGGUGGACGUAGAUCCUCACCUACAUCUUUACCCCCUGAAGGUAAUACAAGUACCAAAAUGGUUAUUGGUCCACCUUCAAAACCAUCGGCCACUGGUCAGCCAACAAUUAUCAAUGGAAUUGAUGUAGUUCGAGAUGAUUUUUGGAAUCGAUGUCGAGUUUACAAGAAAAGGCCAAAAAAUAUCUUCUUCUCUCAAUUGUAUUCAAUUUUUCAUCUCGCCUGUACCAUAACCUUACUUCGUAUCUCAGGUAAUUCAAUUCCAAAUCGUCAUUGGUUCACAUUGACAGUUUACUAUUACCAUGGUUAUCUCUUGGGAACUUCAAUAUUAUUCAUCAUUUUGAUCCGCUGCUGGACAACCAAAGACUAUUAUGGGCCCGAAGAAGGUCACCCAGAAAACACUUCGAUUCUGUUUGGUUCGAUUGCCUUGGGUCUUGUCCAGUUGAUCGCAAUUGGCCUGAACUUGACCCAAUGUUUACAUGAUCAAUUCCUUUUCUUUCCAGUUCUCCAGUUUCUUUUCGUCUUCCUUUUGAUGCACUUUAUUUUCACCCGCGCUCAACGAGGACCAAAGUACAGUUUGAAAAACAUUGCGGUCGCUCAUCUCUUUGCGUGUCAAUUGUCCCUUUGGCUGAUCAAUUUUGACCCAAAUCAUGGUUCAUGUGUUCACAGAUCAUCAAUAAAUGGACGAUCAUCAUCAUCAUCAUCACUUUUACAACCAUCGGCACCAUUUUUAUCAUCAUCCUCAUUGGCAACCUCUUCUUUUGCCUCUCUUUCAACUUCACUUAUUUCAUCGCGUCCAAACAUUUUACCGACCUCAUUUUCCGAUCUACUUUUACCAAUCUUACACAAUUAUCAACUAUUAACGGCCUUCAUUUUGGGCUACAUGUGGAUUCAAAAUAAUCGCUGUAAUUAUAACACGUUGAAACCUCGAUUAUCUGACCUGGACGAUAACACUUCUUUCAGUUUCGCCAAGAAACCCUCAUCAAUCAAAGGCUUUUUCAUGGGAAUAUUAAUAAUCUCAACGGCACUAAUUGUCUUAUUACUUGGUAAUCCAGAGAUCACAUUAAUAACUCACACAUCGAUUCAGGGUUUAUCGGCAACCGCUGCGCUCAUUGGAUUGAUACUUCGAGGUCGUAAGCGUAAAGGUUUACACAAAAUUGCCGAUCCUUGUCUCGAUCCCAAUGAUAAUCAUAUCAUGUCCAUUAUAACGGUCGCUGGUGCCUAUACUUUGGCCAUUUAUGAUGUCGUCAUGUCGGCACUUGAGAAUUCACUAUCUUCCCAUAAGAUGGUCAAUCAUGGUGCUCUUAUUAUUCAGAUCACUUUACAAACUUUUCUCCUUCGCUCCGAUGGACGGAAACUCCACCGGUCAAGAGAUGUCUUCGCUUACCUUAUACUGUCCAAUUUUAGCCUAUGGAUUCUAGAGAUAACCUCAAUGGCCACUCAUAUGACCUCCGCUCAGACACUUUCACUUCAUCAUCUUCCCCAACUACUGGUCACUUUGAAUCGUUUCUAUUCCGGUUUGGUUUUCAUUCAUUUUUGGAAAAUUAAAUAACAAUUAGUUAAUUAACCACACAAAACAAGAGUAAUAACAAUUAAAUGACUCGUUAUUUAUGUAUCCAAAUGAGAAGAUUAAUUUUCGCUUUGUAAUUAACUUUUUUCAUCCCCUUUCAAUUAAUUAAUCAUCACAUAAAUUGUUUCUUGAUUGUUUUCAUUGAUCUUUUAAUUGUUUUCAAUUAAUAAUAAGUAUUAAUAAUAAUAAUAUAUAAUUUUUGACAAUUA